AUGUCCAUGGACCGCAAGAACAAGAAAGCCGCCCAGCUCGCCGCCAACGCCGGUGGUGGCGGCGGCAGGGAGGGCUCGCGCUCCGCUAGGGGCAACAAGGGCUCGCAGCAGGGCGGCGCGGCAGGCGGCCCAGGCGCACAAUCACGUAACACCCUCUUCUCCGGCUCGACCGCCCCCACCCGCAACGCGCGCAACCCGAUCCCCAUGCCCCUCAAGGCCACCCUCUCCCCCUCCGCCCCGGCCCCGCCAGUCAAGGACACCGACUUCGCCUCCUUCGGCCUCCCCGACGAGUCCAACAAGCUCGCGAGCGCCCCGGCCCAGGGCAAGGCCGCCACCUCUGCCGGUGCAGACGACCACCAGCAGCCCGCCACCACGGACGGAUCAAAAGGAGAAUCUGGCCAGGAUCAGUCUCUGGCCGAGGGUGCCUCGCAGUCUCCGCUGCCCACCAGCACGCCGUCUGCGCCGCGCCGGAUCAGCGAUGCCUCUCCCUCGACCGAUCUCGGACCUAUUGGCUCCCCUCCGCGUGCGUCCUCGUCCUCCAGCAGACCUGCGCGUGUCAACGGGUUUUCGCCUGGGACGUCGCCCCAGGGCCCUGGUAUCUCGAGUUCUCCGUUCUCUGCUCCGGGCACGCAGUCGGUGUUCGUCAUUCCCCAGCGGGAUGACGGAUCUUCGGACUUUAAGAACAGGUCCGCGCUGUCUGCCUCGCUUGGUGCUAUGACCUGGGGCUCGGAACGCGUUACGAUCACCCGGAGGACUAUUGCCAUGGAGGAGGUCGUGGUGGAGGACGAGGAUCUCGAGGACUUUUUGCCCAGCUCCUUGACCGACUUGCUGACUCCAGAAGAGCGCUCGCGGCGAAUGUCGCGCACAAACUCGCGCCCGAACGUUCACGGCGCAGACCGAGACCACAGCGCACAGAGGUCAGGUUCCGAGGCCCACCACCGCUACUCACGCUCUGUUCCCGCGCCGUCGCUUCUGCAGGACAUUCGGUCUAUUUGGUCAGACGCGGGUGCAGUCCCUGUCGGCUCUCCGGAUGCAUCGACGCUGAGCACGAGCCACCUCGGUGGCGGACUCGGAAACGGCACGCCCAGCUCGUUCACCUCGAACUCGGGACUCGGCUCGCGCGUCGACGACAUGCUCAACCCGUCCAACGCGUCCGCCGCCUUCCUCCCCGGGCUGCACCACUACAUCAACGCCAAGAACCAGCAGCGCCCGAACAUGGUCUCCGGCCUCUCCUCCAUGUACCCCGGCAGCGGAUCCAACGUCCCGACGCUCUCCACCAGCGCGAGCGCCUACGGCCCCGAGCUCAACGGCGUCGCGAUGUCGCCCCCGCGCACGUCCGUCUACGGCAACCGCCCGCCGUUCGAGCAGCUCCCCUCCGACGGCUACCUCCCGCACCCCGCCGGCCUGCGCCCCGGCUCGCGCCCGAUCCCCGCCGGGGACGCCUAUGGCAACCCCGCGCUCGACGAGCACCGCAACGCGUUCUCGCCCUCCGCGCGCGCGCUGCAGGCGCACGCCCCCGGACAGAGUCUCCCGCAGGGCCUCGCGGCCGGGUACUCGCGCAUCCACGCGCUGCCGCCCCCCGUGAUCCCGUCCCCGAGCACGAGCAGCGUGCUCAGCCGCACGCCGCUUGGCGGCGGCUUCUCCCCCGGGGCGAAGGGGUUCGGGCACGGGCACUCGACGUCGGGCGACUGGGCGAGCAUGUCCCCCACCGCGAGCAGCCUGCUCGACCAGAUCAACGGGCACGGCGCGCAGCAACAGCACGCGCAAUCGCAGGCACAGGCGAACCUGGGGCAGGGCGCGCCCCCGGGCACGUCGCUCGGCGGGCUGGAGACGAUGUUCUCGCGCGCGUCGUACUCGGCCGCGGCUUCGCGUGGACCGAUGAACGCCGCGCCCCCGGGGCUGGGCGCGCGCGUCCCGAGCGGGGGCCGCGCGCACCCGCAGGGCUCGCUGAGCCCGCUCAGCGGGCCGGUGCUGACGGGCGAGGACGACGACCUGUUCUCGAUGGAGUGA